AUGUUGCGAUGGCUUUUCCUAUUUUUGGCUGCAUUAUUCGUUAGUGUAGAGGCUCAAUGCCCUUCAGGGUGGGCGUUCGCCAGCGAGUUUAACUCUUGUUUAAACUUUAAUACCGCUGCGCUACCAUUUUGGGCGGCCGAACAGCGAUGCCUGAAUUCGAAUGGGCAUUUGCUCUCCGUACAUAAUGCCUUCCAAAAUACGAUUUUAACUGCGUAUUUGGGAAACGCGAACCUCACCGGAAGUACCUUUUGGCUUGGUCUGUGGCGAAACGAUACUGGAGCGCAAUGGAAAUGGACUGAUGGGACGGCUAGCGAUUACUUUAACUGGCAAGGAGGUAAUCCUGGUUCGAAAAUGUGCGGCUCGAUCGCCGGAAAUGGCGGAGCUUGGAAUAGCUUGACUUGUGAGAAUUCGCAACCCUUCAUCUGUGCUUAUUCCACUCUGCCAGGCUGCCUACCCGGCUGGCAGUACUUCAAGGGAACUGGAAUGUGCUAUUACCACGGCCAAAACGCCUCAUUCCCAGAGGCCGAGCACUACUGCCAACGAUAUGGGGGUCAUUUGGCGUCUGUACACACCAAUGAUGAAAACGAUUUUAUUUCGAACAUGACCUGGUCGAAUGCUUGCGUAUAUUCGCGUACUUGGAUCACCGGGACGACACUUUUGGGAGGAACUUUUGACCAAUCAAAAAAUAUGACAAGAUGGUGGAGCGACUCCUCUUCAACCGAUUACGCCCAUAAUAUUUGUCAAAAUGAGGGAACAGACCAGAACGUGAUCCUGCUACGAGCUUUCCCUAUGAACAAAUGCCCUCAAGAUGAAGAAAAGUGUGGAGGUGGCAAUUGGAGAAUCGGAAGAUAUGCUAAUAAUGAUUCCAUUGCCUAUCCGGAUUAUGUAUGCAAAGCGGCGCCGGUUUCGCAUACCCAAUGCCCCAUUGGCUGGUCCUACUAUAGCUUAACGGAUUCUUGCUAUUUCCAUGGCACCACUAGCUCAACUUUCUGGAACGCCGAGCAGUACUGUAAUGCGUAUAGCGGAAAUCUUGCCUCGAUCCAUUCUGUUGAUGAGAAUGAAUUUAUUCAAAGUUUGGUCUGGAACCCAACUUGCGCUCAAACGAUGGAGGGUUUCCAGCGUGGAGAGGUGCUAAUUGGAGGAAUUUACAGUAAACAAAGAAAAGGUAUCUCUUACUGGACUGAUGGAAGCGCUAGCGAUUACAGUCAUGCUACUUGUGACUUAUUUGGAGCUGAUUCAAGUACUAUUGUGAUGGCCGCUCACCCUCGAGCUUGUGGCAGCUGUUUUGAAGGCCAAUGGUACCUCCCUAGAGAGUCCCCGGAUUCCGGCCGCACCUACGGAGAAUUCAUCUGCAAAUCCCCAACCUAUGCCCACUUGAAACGCAAA